AUGACUCACCUGCCGCAGUCAGAGAGUCCCCCAAAUGUUGAGGAUCUAGCCAAAGAAGUUCAGAUGCUGCGGGAAGAAAGCAAACGUUGCCAUCGUGAGUUAGAUCGAUGGAAAUCCAAUUGCCGAAAGUAUAAGGCCAGUUAUCUUAUUGUUGCCGAUCACAACCGAGUCUUGGUACGGGAGAAUUCCACCCAGAAAUGGGAAGUGGCUUAUCUGCAGCAGCGGCUACAGCGGCAACAGGAACGCUACGACGAACUGGAACGUAACUAUGAUAUUCUGCAAGAUAAUUACAAAACCCUUUCAGGAUUAUUCAACAGAUUACCACCUCCGGACAAACGUCUCGAGGAGAAAUACGAGAUGUUACGAGAAGACUACGAGAAAAUAAGUAAUGACAGAAUUAACCUGAUGGACAAGGUUAGUCAGCUCACCGAGCAACUCGCCUGCUACCUGUCCGAGACGGUUGGUGGGGACGUCAUCGGCGGCGUCGGAGGCGGAGGCGGAGGAGGAGGAGGUGGUGGCAGCGGCGGCGGCGGUGGCGGGGGUGGCGGGGGUGUCGGCAACGAGCCGACGGAUGGCGUGAUAUGGGCAGACAACCAUCACCAUCACCACCAACAGCAACAGCAACACCAUCACCACUUGCACCACCACAACCAAACACACCAACAGCAACAACAGCAGCAAUCACCACAGCAACCACAGCAGCAGCAGCAACAGCAGCAGCAGCAGCAACAACAACAACAGCAACAGCAACCACAGCAGCAGCUGCAACAGCAGCAGCAACAUCAACUCCACCCACCCCCCCACCACCACCACCGGCAACACCACCACCACCACCACCCCCGCGACUUGAACGACGGGUUAACGGAUGACAAAACUCCGCCCUCGUCGACGGGUCACUCCAAAGAACGAUAUGGCCCAGGUCAGAAAAAGAAUAAGCCGCAACCCUACGCCAUACGGGAGCUCGGACACUUCGCCCGGCUUCCACCCGGAAGCGACGGAGAUGAUGAGGAUAGCUAUUCUAACUUUCCCUGCUCCGAUGUGACGGCGGACGGGGACUCUAGAACAGAAAUAUUUCGGGCGGCCCCGAGUAACAAGGCGACUUUGACGGGCGGCUCCAAAUCGACAAAGCCCUUCGUUCGCCACCGAAAGACGAAGCACAAACUUCCUUCGGUGCCGGCCUGGCUCUUCCAACUGAAAAACAACAAAGUACACCCAGGCGAGGAGGACGAUUGA